UGGGUGAGGGGACAGCCCUGGGUGACACCUCUGGGUGAGGGGGACAGCCCUGGGGUCAAAGACACCAUCCUGACAUACAGCAUCAACAUCUAAAAGUCUCUCUUCCAAACCCGAAAUGGAAACCCGCCUUGUACUGUCAGGUAAGGACACAAUGUGAAACAGCAAUGUUUCCUUGUCAGCUCAGUGGAGAGGCCUGAAGUCAGGUUCUUCUGCCUCAAAACAGAUGAAAUGGAUAAAACAGCUACAGACAGAAAAAUCCGUGGCUGAAGUGUUGUUGUUGAUCAUCAGAAAGCACAGCAGAGGAUGAAAAAACCCCAAUGAAAAAUCCAUUUAAAGUCCCAUCAGAUACUGAACUUUUCUCAAUGAGGGACAACGAAAUUAAGAAGGCACAGGAGGAACGUGAAAAGAGGAAGACUAUGAAAGUCCAUGAGAAAACUACUUACUCCACUAAAAUGAAGGCAAAAAGCGGAUUGAGGAAAGCUUUGAAAAAGGAGGAAGAAGAGGAGAGCAUAAAAGAGGCGACAUGUGAAGAGAGACUGAAAUCUCUUCAGGAGAUGCUUUCAUGGAAGUUAGCAAUGAAAAAAGAUUAUGCAUUCGACAGGGAGACCUUCCAUGGUUACCUACAGGACAGAAAACAGAUCUUUUUUCUUGAGCACACCAUUGCAGUAAAGCGAGGGGAGAUUGAAAAGAUGGAGAACAUAGCAAAGGACGAGGAAAAAAAAAUGGAAAAGGCUGAGAGAGGGAUGGAGAAGGAUGCUGCCAUGUUUGAUGAGUUCCUGAAGGAGAACCAUAAUAAAUCUGUUGAAGCACUGAGAAUAGCCAAAAGAGAAACCUCAGCAAAGACAAAGAAGAUAACAGAGAUCCAGGGACUCACAACUGAAAUAAAGAAAGUCCAAAGUGAUAUCUCCAGAUUCGAGGACACCCUGCAGGAGUACAAGAUGUACAGGGACAUCCUCUACCAGCUAUCUCCAAAAGAGUGGCAGGAGGAACACAGAAAAAGGCACAAAAAACAAAAGGAUAAGGAAACAGAACCCAGGGUUAAUGAAGGAAAUGCUCCACGUCCCCCCACUGCAGAGCAGGACCAGGGUCCCACAAGCGCUGCCCAUAGCGUCACUUUCACGGAUAUGCCAAGGUCCCUGCUGGUUUCAGAAAGUUUGGAUUUCAGAUCACGGGAUGUCAGGCCACAGCUCAAACAGUUCCUGAAGCCUCUUUUAUCAAGAGAACUAGGUUCACUGGAGGACACAGAGAGCGAAAUCAGCUCAGACGAAGAUGAGGAGCCUGAGCUCUACUUCACUGAUCCUGAACAAUUACUUACUACUUUCAUGGAGAUGCAGGAUGAGAACUUAUCCUUUUUCCUGAACUCCCAGGAUAUUGCAGACAGUUGGAACAAGGUCCAUCAGACCUUCAUCACCACACAUGAAAGCAUGGAGAAGGAGUUGGCAGCGCUGAAACAGCAGGUAAACACCCUCCGAGCCUCCGUGGCCAAGGAAGAAGAGAAAGUAGCCGACCUGAAGCUCAAAGUUCAGCUCUUUUCCUCUGGGGAACACGAAGGUGAUGACCAGGACAAAAUGCUCACAAGUCUGAACAAGAAGGUGCAGGAAGUCUAUUUCCAGUGCACUGGAGACAAUGAGACAAACCUGCCAACAGUAGAGAUGUUAAAGGUAAUAGAAAAACAGCUCAAUGAUUUACUGGGCAGCGUGGAGAGAAUCCCACCAGCAAAGAUAGAAAAGGCUGUGAAAGCCAUAAGAAAGGAACAGAGGGCAAGGCCCAGAGAGGAAAAGCAGAAGCAAGCGAAGCAGCAGCAGGAUGAAGGAUUGAAAAAGGACAUGGAAAGAUCACGGGUACCUGAAGGAAAAAAGAACAAGACAAUGGCCUUGCCUUCCAACCCACCUGCCAGGAAGAACAGCCAAGGAAACAGAUAAGAAGGAAGAACAACUGUAUUAUUUCCCCUGAUGACACAGCCUUAACCACAGCUCAUAGGGCUGAUGCUGUUCUAAAAUUCUUUUCUAGAUCUACAUUCUGUCAGUCUUUGCUCAGCUAAACUUUACUGUCCCAUGAAAUUUCCUUCUUCUCCUACUCUAAGAUUCCAAGGAGUUUGCAACCCUUUUCUCCUCCUUUGGUAUUUUGCCUAAGAAAUGAAAUAAAAGUUCUCUCAUUUUGCUUCUCAA